AUUGCACGAAGGGCUACGCAAGCACAGGGACUAUGCUCAGUGAGAAGGCCAAAGGGAAGCAGCGUGCAAUCGAACCGCCCCUUGAACGGCCCUCUUCCUCGACACCACCAGACGAUUCGAGAGAACUAACAAUCCGGUUUACGGAGGGUAUUCCCGACUUUAAACUCACAGUCCGUCUGAAGGACACAGUCAGGGAUGUUAAAGCUAAUAUAGUUCAAGGUCUUCCCCAACUGAAAGACCGUCGGCUUCGUCUCAUACAUGCUGGGCGCCUGCUAACGGAUGGAACGUUCCUUCACGAAUGGCUGGCAACCCUCGAGGAACGACAGGUCCGUGCAUCCGCACGUUCACAAGAGGUUUCAAAGGAGGAUCAAUUGGUGACAUGGUUACAUUGUUCUGUUGGCCCCGUGAUCGAGCCUGGAGAGAGUGAAGAGGAGAAACCACAGGUCGCUCAACUGCAACCACUGAGGGGAUUCGAUAGGCUUGCUGCUGCAGGGUUCUCUGAAGAUGACAUCGCAAAUUUCAGGCGACAGUUUCAUAGUCAAUCGUCAUCGAAUUAUCUUGACAUUGAGUUUGAGAACGAGGAAGACUAUGACGAACACGCGCGAGCUCUUGAAGAACAAUGGAUAGACUCCAUGGACAACGUCAACACAGCCUCCAUUUCUUCGGCUUCCUCACAGAGUCUCAUUCUCCGCGGGAUUGUCAUUGGAUUUUUCUUCCCGAUCAUACCAUUUUUCUUCCUGCGUGAAACGAAGCCCGCAGUUUUCUGGGAAGAGGGUGACCACGAGAGUGGGGAGAGUGUCAUAUUUUCACGGCGCACACAAGUAGGAAUCGUUUUUGGAUUCUUGGUGAAUUUGCUCUUCGGGAUGUGGAGAUAUUUGCUGGACACGUCGUAGGUGCACAUGGAAUUCUUAUCAUCGGAACUUGCAGAGGGCCCUCGAAGACAUCUACAUCGAUCAGAAUCCACUUAUAUGGACCUUCUUCAGAGUUAAGUUGCAUGUACACUGCAAACAUGGUACAACAUUCCUAUCGAUAUCAUAAUUUAUCUGUGGAUUAUUGUCAAGCGGUUACCACACGUUGAGUGACGACCCGAUUUCCUC